AUGCAAGACCAAGCUACUAGUUCUAUUGCAGCCAGUUCAUUGCCUUCAAGUAGUGAGAGAUCUUCCAGCUCUGCCCUUCACGUUGAAGUCAAAGAAGGUAUGGAGAGUGAUGAUGAAAUAAGAAGAGUGCCGGAGAUGGGCGGAUGUCCAAUAGUUUCCGGAAGCGGUCCGGUUCAGGCUUCAGGUGGGGGGCAAAGGAAGAGAGGUAGAAGCCCAGCUGACAAAGAAAAUAAGAGGCUAAAACGGUUGUUGAGGAACCGAGUGUCAGCGCAACAAGCUAGGGAGAGGAAAAAGGCAUACUUGAUUGAUUUGGAGGGUCGAGUUAAAGAGUUAGAAACUAAGAAUGCAGAACUUGAAGAAAGGGUUUCGACUUUGCAAAAUGAGAAUCAAAUGCUUAGACAGAUACUGAAAAAUACAACUGCAGCAGAGGGGCGAAAGUAA